AUGACCGUCACCAGUUUGGUCAUGCAAAACCGUCGAGGCCAUGCCUCCAGACCCCUACGACUCCCUAUAAUUGCCCCCAAGGAAGAGAUUCUUGGGAAACCCGAGAAGAGCUUGGUUGCUCCCCCGCGCAUACGCUUACCCCCGCGAUCAAGAACGGGUUGUUGGUAUGUUGAGGGUUCCACCCGUUGCGACAAAAUCAAAUGUGAUGAGGGACAUCCACAAUGCAAUCAAUGUACUCGACUCGGCCAUAUUUGUGACUAUCGACCUCGCCUGGCCUUUCGGGAUGACACUCCCCGGAUUAUGGGCCGCAUGGCCGAUGUGAAGACCGAGGGGAACCACAUUUGGGAUCUCUCAUCACCAACCCCCAGUGAGGACAAUCGAUCCGAUUAUUUUUCACCCAGGGAUUCCCUGCCGGCAUUUGCUCUACUUACCUCGGAUGAAGAAAGAGAACGAAAGGCUGAAGCUUCCAGCCCGGGCACGUACCAUGUGGUCGUGGUUCCAGACAGCUUCUCCGCACUGCCGGAAUAUGCAGAUGACCUGACGGAAAAGCCUAUAGUGACAAGUACUGAAAUCAGUAGCUCCGUGGCGAGUAGUCCCACAGGCAAUUUACCAACCCACAACCCCAAUGACCCCAACGUGGUCAUCUUGAGGACGUUUGAGGACGUCGCCCGACGAUCUCCCUCAGCUGGUCGAACAUCCCGGAUUUCACCCACUUCGGAGAUUUCUGAUCCUUUCUGUGCUCUCUCCCUGUCCCCUGUCCUUGGCUCCCUCCCUUCCCCCGUCGUUCUGGAAGACGAGAAAUUAUCCUUUUUUGAUACAUGUCUCGACCAAGAAAGUCAGGAUAACGCGCUCUUUUCUCAUUUCCGUCAUGUUGUUUGGAAGCAAUUGUUCCCCCACGAUCGUGGACAAGACGACUCAUUUGGUCUGGAGAGCAGUGGCAUGACAUUAAGUGUCGAUUUCAUUGAGCGCGAGGCUGCUCUCUUCCCUCCACUUUCCCAUGCCAUCAUGGCCGUCUCAGCCCUCAGUCUCUCGCAUAGUGGCACGGGCCAGAAUGUCGAUGCACUGCAAUACUACCAGCAGGCGUUUCCUUCUCUGCAGACUAGCCUUCGUAACAACGACGAUCUCGUAUCGGAUGGCCUAUUUCUAACCCACUUUUUACUUUUGAUCUACGAGGUGGCCGCCGCUGAACCCCAUGGCUCAAAUCUCUGGUCCCAUCACAUCUCUCGGUUACUUCACAUCUCUUUCCUUCGUCGAAAUCACUUUGGCCGAGAACCUCACCCGUUUAUCAUCUGGUGGAUCUGCCACAUUGAUCUGUACGCUCUAUUGAGCGGGGCAGGAGAUGGAGAGUUCGUGCGCGCCAUCAUCGAUCACCAAAUGCUUCCAGGAUCCGAGUGUCUCCUCUACCCUUCGGUCGCAGAAGGCUUCAGCGUUAUUUACCCCGAGGAGCAUGACAGCUUACCGAUCAUGAUGCGCCUCUACGCGGAUACCUUCAGACUAGCCACCCAGCUGGGAUUCCUCGCAGCUCAGCUCCGCCGGGAAAAGCAAACCCUGCUUGUUUCAGAAUUCGACCAGCGCACUAAGGAAGUGCGCGAUUUGCGCCAGGCCUUUGGACGUCUGUGGGAAGCCCCUGACGUUUCCUGGUACCACCAGCAUCAAGAAAGCCUUCCCCGGCGGUCUCAGGAAAUCAUACAACAGUCGGCUACCCUCUUCCACGUCUGUCACUUGUUUUCAUACAGUAGCAUGUGGUCUGGUCAACGAUUAGAGUCGGAGUUCAGUCCCGAUGGAGAAAUUGACCACCAUGCGUCGGAAAUUUUGCGGAUUGCGGAGCAGACGACAAAUACCCGCCGUGCUGAUCGUCACUUCCUUGUGUUCCCGCUCUUCCUUGCUGGUGCCACUGCUUCGGCUAGUGGUCUGAAGAUGAUGGCUAUGGAAUUAAUGACAAGCAUGGAGGAUGAGGAAGAUGGUAUGGGCCGCAACACAGCGACAACCCGGGCUAUCUUGCAGACGGUUUAUGAGCGACAAUUGGAGCGUCUAAUGCGAGUUGGUCACACCUUAGAUGUAGACUGGGCAGAUCUGAUGGUCCAAGAAGGACUACAGAUGGUUAAUUUUGGUUUUUAG